GGAGAGUUUGAUUAAAAAUAAACCCAGCACUAGGAAAAGUUGGGCCCAAUUAACCCUUUAUUCUCGUCGCUCUUCCCCAAUUGAAACCUAGCUUCCUCCGCCGGUGCUUCGGGUGUCUCGUCGCCGUAUCAUUGAGGAUAAACUAAAGCUGUGACGAUGGGGAAUGAAGAUAGAAUCAGCAACUUGCCUACUGAUCUUCUCAUAUCUAUAAUCUCUCGACUCACCAUCCUAGAAGCUACUACUACUUCCAUACUUUCAACUCGUUGGCGGUAUCUCCAUCACUACGUCACUCGUCUCAAUUUCCCAAUAUAUUUACCUAGGGUUGAUGCGGACGUUUGGUACUUCGCAUCUGCUGUCACACGGGUCUUGCGUUUACACAGAGGUGGUCGGAUAAAAGAAUUCAGGAUGUGCAUGUCUGGAUGUUUCAAUUAUGAAAUUGUUGAAUGGUUUGAGUUUGCCCUAUCUAAGAAAGCUGAAAUAAUUCAUUUGCGUGGUAUCCGGUAUAUUGAUUACGAGGCUCUGUUUCUUAGACUUCGAAAUAAGAAUAAUGGAUUUGAAUGCCUUAAAGAUUUGUGUCUACUUGACCCUCUAAUGAGCGAUCAAGACUUGGAGCUUUUGUUAUCCAAUUGCAUUGCUCUUGAAUCCUUGGAACUUAAGAAUGCUUUAAUGUUGGAAAAUGUCUCAAUUGUUGGUCACACUAAACUGAAGCAUUUGAACCUGACUUACUUGAAAGUUCACUCCAUUGUGAUUCGCGAUGCUAUCAGCCUUGUUUCUUUGACGCUGCGUAUCUUGUUCAAUAGACACUCUGUGCAACUUAGUAAUACUCCCAAGCUUACCCAACUCUAUCUUGAAGCAUUUUUUCCUAUAAAAUUGCUUGAUGAGCUCCUUACUGGAAUGCCAGCUUGUAUACGCGACCAACUCCAAAUAAUGCACAUCACCGCUAAAGUUACCUCUAUCUGUGAGAUGUAUGACAUGUAUGACAUGUAUCAGAAGUCAUGGGUAGAUUUUGUAAAUGUAAAACAUCUAGAGUUGACCUUUAUUGCAGUGAAGUUUAGUCUCGGCCCGUAUUUUUUGUGCAAUUUCUUUCGUUUGGUUCGUUUGGUUGAAGCAUGUAGUUCAUUGGACAAACUUGUGAUAAAGCUUCCGAUUUUACCGCCCUCACAUGAUGAAUGCACGUUGGAAACAUAUGUUGUACCAAGAUGCGAGUUGUCUCCAAAGUAUUUGGAAAUUUCACGAUAUUCUGGUGCUCCAUCACAAUUGGCUUUAACUUUGUACCUAAUUGAUAAUGCUAGUAGAUUUCUUCAAAAAGUGUCUGUGGUGGCUCAAGAUGAAGAGGCAUUAGCUCGUGCACGCCAUGAUUUUGAACAUAUUGCGUCCGUUAGUUUUUCGGUUAUGUAACUGUUGUAGUCUGUUAUCUAGUACUACUUGAUAACUUAAUUUAUUUCAAAAUGCAAGAACAGUUUCAAAAUUGUUACUGUACUAUUUUAUUUUUAAUAGUUUUUAUA